AUGGUCGACUACUCUAAGAAGACGGUAGUUGAGCUGGUAGAGAUCCUGAAAUCGCGGAGCCUACCACACUCAGGGAAGAAGGCAGAACUUGUUGCGAGGUUGAAUGACGCAGACAAAGUAGCCGAAGAAAAUGAAACCGAGAAGGCACCUCCAGCAGAGUCUACCACGGCGCAACCCGCACAAGCGCCAGAACCCCCAGCAACAACGGCAGCAGAACCUACACCGGAGGAACCUGUAACUGCGGAACCCACAGCAGCACCUGCAGCUGUCGACGAGAAAGACUCCCCUUCCGCAGAUACCGACACCGCACUUGCGAACUCCACCUCGUACGCCCUGAACUUACCACAAUCAGAGGUGGACUCCGAGAUGGCCAAGCGCAAGGCUCGCGCUGAGAGAUUUGGCACCAGCGCAGCUACUACAAAUGGCGAAACAGGAACAAGUAGCACAGAUGGCGAUGCACAGAAAGCUCUAGAGCGCGCGAGACGCUUUGGAACCGGUCAGACAGCCAUGGGAAAGCUGGACGAAGCCCUACCAGAAGAGCGUGAGCGCGGUUCAAGGAAACGGGGCAGAACCGAAGAGACCAGUGCUAUGGAUGAUCCUGGUCUGAGGAAGAGCUUUGGGAGUCGGGGAGGGCGAGGCCAUGGUGGAAGAUUCCGUGGAAGAGGCGGCCGGGAUAACUCGCGGCGGAGAACAGGAGAGAAGCCUUCUGGCGUCACCAAGCAAUCGGGUGCGUUCUCUACAGACGCGGACCGUGCAGCUGCCGAGGCGAGGAAAAAGAAGUUUGCACCGGCGUCGUGA